AUGAGCAAAGUAAUUCAGCAGAUAUUCGAGGACUACAACAGGUCCAGGACCCAGUUCACCCAAAGCAUAUAUGACAUGUGUCUAAAGGCACACAACAUGGAGAUAAUAAUCAGCACGGACAUCAUAAUUCUGAUUCGUCCAUUGAUCCUUGACAAGGUUCCCAUCGUGCAGCAGAAUGCAACUCAGAUAUUAGGAAAAAUGGCUAGUCACUCAGAGGAAGUAGCUCUAACCAUUUUACAAAAUGAUGUACUACCACAUCUAGUCUACUGUUUAAAACAUGAAAAUAAAAAUUACAGAAAAAAUUGUGCUAAUACACUCAAAUGUCUAGCUAGCCAUAAUGCCAAGCUAGCCAAUUUAGUAGCAGAGGAAGAAAAUUGCAUAGAUAAUCUAAUAGACUCUUUGGACGAAUAUGAUAUCAGAUUAAAGGAAGCAUGUAUAAAUGCACUAUGCGCUAUUGUGAAGAAUGACAUCGAUUUGUCGAAUAAACUCAUGGCUAAGGGUAUCAUCCCUUUGGUUCUUCUCUCCAUACAAGAAAAGGAUACAAACCUAGUUAAGAGUUCUUUAAAUAUAUUAACAGAGCUCAGUAAGCAUACUAACGAAAUUGCCAAAGAAAUAGUCGAUAAUAAUGCUCUCCCACAUCUGAUCAAAUUUUUGGAUCACACAGAUGUACAAAUAAAACGUCAUGCAUGUAACUGUCUAGCUCAAAUUGCAAAACAUAAAGAAGAUCUAACUGAGCUUAUAAUCGAAAAUGAUGUUUUUCCAAAAAUUAUUUAUCUACUAAAUGAUAGUGACGAUAUUGUAAAAAAAAACUGUGCCAACUGUUUAAAAGAAAUGAGUAAGCAUAAUGAAGAUAUUUGUAAAAUUAUUACUCGUGCAGGUAGUGUUCCUUUUCUAUGUGAGUGUAUUGAACAGUCAUCCAAGGGUAGUGUUCGAUUACCUGCUAUUUUAUGUAUCGGUUUUAUUGCUUCCUUUUCUGAGUCGUUAAGCUUAAAUAUCAUUUUAUCAAAUUCUAUCCCUAUUUUAAAAAGAUGUCUAAUUGAAGAAACGGAGGAGUACAUCAAAGCUGCAUGUGUUUGGACCAUUGGUCAUAUCGGUAAACACUCCUCCUCUCAUGCUAAGAAGCUAUCCGAUGAGAACCUGCUAAUAAUUUUGGUUAAUUUGUAUAACGCAAAUGACUCCUCUGAUGAUUUAAAGAAGAAG